UGUACAGCCACAGAGAUGAGCUUUGCUACAGAAGUGGGGUGAAUGUAAAUGUGUAACCUUCUGGUGUGACUUGACUUUAACAGAGAGAAGGAGCAAGAAAGGGAAGAACAGUUAAUGGAAGACAAGAAAAGGAAGAAAGAGGAUAAAAAGAAAAAGGAAGCCACUCAGAAGGUCACGGAACAAAAAACCAAAGUGCCCGAAGUGACGAAACCAAGUUUAAGCCAACCAACGGCCGCCAGCCCAAUUGGCAGCUCUCCAUCGCCACCAGUCAAUGGUGGCAACAAUGCCAAAAGGGUGGCAGUGCCGAACGGACAACCGCCAAGCGCCGCCCGCUACAUGCCUCGGGAGGUGCCGCCGCGAUUCCGUUGCCAGCAGGACCACAAAGUGUUACUAAAACGUGGGCAGCCCCCUCCACCGUCCUGCAUGCUCGGGGGUGGGGCAGGGCCUCCUCCCUGCACAGCACCUGGAGCAAACCCAAACAACGCACAAGUGACAGGCACGCUGCUGCAGAGCGAGAGUGGGACUGCGCCAGAGUCAACCCUUGGAGGUGCUGCUGCUUCAAAUUAUGCAAAUUCCACUUGGGGCCCGGGAGCCUCCUCCAACAACGGCACCUCCCCCAACCCAAUUCACAUCUGGGACAAGGUGAUUGUAGACGGGUCUGACAUGGAAGAGUGGCCUUGUAUUGCCAGCAAAGACACUGAAUCUUCUUCCGAAAACACCACCGAUAACAACAGUGCCUCGAACCCUGGCUCUGAGAAGAGCACUCUGCCAGGAAGCACCACUAGUAACAAAGGCAAAGGGAGCCAGUGCCAGUCUGCAAGUUCUGGGAACGAAUGUAAUCUUGGGGUCUGGAAAUCUGACUCUAAGGCUAAAUCUAUUCAAUCUUCCAACUCUACCACAGAGAGCAACAAUGGACUUGGAAAUUGGAGGAAUGUGAGUGGUCAGGAUAGAAUUGGACCUGGCUCUGGCUUCAGCAACUUUAACCCAAAUAGCAACCCAUCUGCCUGGCCAGCGCUGGUCCAAGAAGGAACUUCUAGGAAAGGGGCAUUGGAAACGGAUAAUAGUAAUUCCAGUGCACAGGCUAGCACAGUAGGUCAGGCAUCCAGGGAACAGCAGUCAAAGAUGGAAAAUGCGGGUGUUAAUUUCGUUGUCUCUGGCAGAGAACAGGCUCAAAUUCAUAACACUGAUGGACCAAAAAAUGGAAACACUAACUCCUUGAACUUAAGUUCACCAAACCCCAUGGAGAAUAAGGGAAUGCCCUUUGGAAUGGGCUUGGGGAACACCUCCAGGAGCACUGAUGCCCCUUCACAAAGCACUGGAGAUCGAAAAACUGGGAGUGUUGGAUCUUGGGGUGCAGCUAGGGGGCCUUCUGGAACUGACACAGUCUCUGGACAAAGCAAUUCUGGAAACAAUGGGAACAAUGGAAAAGACAGAGAGGACUCCUGGAAAGGAGCUUCUGUUCAGAAAUCAACUGGGUCAAAAAAUGACUCUUGGGACAGUAAUAACAGGUCUACGGGUGGGUCCUGGAACUUUGGCCCUCAGGACUCUAAUGACAACAAAUGGGGUGAAGGGAACAAAAUGACAUCUGGGGUCUCUCAGGGAGAAUGGAAACAGCCGACUGGGUCUGAUGAGUUGAAAAUUGGAGAAUGGAGUGGUCCAAACCAACCAAAUUCUAGCACUGGAGCAUGGGACAAUCAAAAGGGCCACCCCCUCCCUGAAAACCAAGGCAAUGCCCAGGCUCCCUGUUGGGGAAGAUCUUCCAGCUCCACAGGAAGUGAAGUUGGAGGUCAAAGCACUGGAAGCAACCACAAAGCAGGAAGUAGUGACAGUCAUAAUUCUGGCCGUCGGUCCUACAGGCCCACACAUCCUGAUUGCCAGGCUGUCUUGCAGACUCUUUUGAGCCGAACUGAUUUGGAUCCCAGGGUGCUGUCAAACACUGGCUGGGGCCAAACUCAAAUUAAGCAGGACACGAUGUGGGAUAUUGAAGAGGUGCCAAGGCCUGAGGGGAAAUCUGACAAAGGAACUGAGGGGUGGGAGAGCGCUGCCACACAGACCAAGAACUCAGGGGGCUGGGGAGAUGCACCCAGCCAAAGCAAUCAAAUGAAGUCUGGAUGGGGGGAGCUCUCAGCCUCUACGGAGUGGAAAGACCCCAAGAAUGCAGGAGGCUGGAAUGACUAUAAGAACAACUCUUCCAACUGGGGAGGAGGACGACCAGACGAAAAGACACCUUCCUCCUGGAAUGAGAAUUCCAGCAAGGAUCAGGGGUGGGGGGGUGGACGUCAGCCCAAUCAAGGAUGGACUUCUGGGAAGAAUGGUUGGGGAGAGGAAGUUGAUCCAGCAAAAAACAGCAACUGGGAAAGUUCUACAAGUAAACCUGUGUCUGGGUGGGGGGAAGGAGGGCAGAACGAAAUUGGAACUUGGGGAAAUGGUGGGAAUGCAAGCCUAGCUUCAAAAGGUGGGUGGGAAGAUUGCAAAAGGUCCCCUGCAUGGGCUGAGACAGGCAGGCAGCCCAGUUCCUGGAAUAAACAGCACCAACCACCACAGCAGCCACAGCAGCCACCGCCACCACAACCAGAGGCUUCUGGUUCGUGGGGAGGCCCACCCCCACCACCUCCAGGCAGUGUUCGACCUUCCAAUUCCAACUGGAGCAGCGGACCCCAGCCUGCAACCCCCAAGGAUGAGGAACCGAGCGGUUGGGAAGAGCCAUCCCCACAGUCAAUUAGUCGGAAAAUGGACAUCGAUGAUGGCACUUCAGCAUGGGGAGACCCUAGCAGUUACAACUACAAGAAUGUGAACCUAUGGGAUAAGAAUUCCCAAGGGGGCCCAGCACCUCGAGAACCGAACCUGCCCACCCCAAUGACUGGAAAAUCAGCAUCCGUCUGGAGUAAAAGCACACCACCUGCUCCAGAUAACGGGACUUCAGCUUGGGGUGAACCAAAUGAAAGCAGUCCUGGGUGGGGAGAGAUGGACGAUGCAGGAGCAUCGACUUCGGGCUGGGGGAGCACACCCUCCAACGCUUCCAACACCAUGAAACCCAAUUCCAAAUCUAUGCAAGAUGGCUGGGGGGAGAGUGAUGGGCCAGUCACAGGAACUCGGCAUCCCAGCUGGGAAGAGGAGGAUGAUGGAGGAGUCUGGAACACCACCGGCUCUCAGGGAAGUGCUUCCUCCCACAACUCGGCAAGCUGGGGACAAGGAGGAAAGAAACAAAUGAAGUGCUCACUAAAAGGAGGAAACAAUGAUUCAUGGAUGAAUCCUCUUGCCAAACAGUUUUCAAAUAUGGGAUUGCUGAGUCAAACUGAAGAUAAUCCAAGCAGCAAAAUGGAUUUGUCUGUAGAUAAGAAAUUUGACGUGGACAAGCGAGCAAUGAAUCUCGGGGAUUUUAAUGAUAUCAUGAGGAAGGAUCGAUCUGGGUUCCGUCCACCUAAUUCCAAAGACAUGGGAACCACAGAUAGUGGGCCUUAUUUUGAGAAGGGUGGCAAUCACGGUUUGUUUGGAAACAGCACAGCACAAUCGAGAGGUCUGCACACACCAGUGCAGCCGCUAAGUUCUUCUCCUAGUCUCCGGGCGCAAGUGCCUCCCCAGUUUAUCUCCCCCCAGGUUUCUGCCUCAAUGCUCAAGCAGUUUCCCAACAGUGGCCUGAAUCCAGGUCUUUUCAAUGUGGGGCCCCAGUUAUCUCCUCAACAAAUUGCCAUGCUGAGCCAGCUUCCACAAAUCCCCCAGUUUCAGUUGGCAUGUCAGCUUCUCCUGCAGCAGCAGCAACAGCAGCAGUUACUGCAGAACCAGAGAAAGAUUUCUCAAGCAGUGCGCCAGCAGCAAGAGCAGCAGCUGGCUCGAAUGGUGAGUGCACUUCAGCAGCAGCAGCAGCAACAGCAGCGGCAGCCGAGCAUGAAGCAUUCGCCCUCUCAUCCUGUUGGGCCCAAGCCACAUCUGGACAACAUGGUACCCAACACACUGAAUGUGGGGCUCCCAGAUCUUCAGACCAAAGGGCCGAUCCCUGGAUAUGGUUCUGGCUUCAGCUCUAGUGGCAUGGACUAUGGCAUGGUUGGUGGGAAGGAGGCUGGGACUGAGUCUCGCUUCAAACAGUGGACCUCCAUGAUGGAAGGACUGCCCUCUGUAGCCACACAGGAAGCCAAUAUGCACAAAAAUGGCGCUAUAGUGGCCCCUGGUAAAACCCGAGGAGGGUCACCGUACAACCAGUUUGAUAUCAUCCCGGGUGACACACUGGGUGGCCAUACAGGUCCUGCUGGUGAUAGCUGGUUACCUGCCAAAUCUCCACCAACAAAUAAAAUUGGAAGUAAAUCCAGCAAUGCCAGUUGGCCUCCAGAAUUCCAACCAGGAGUGCCAUGGAAAGGUAUCCAAAACAUUGACCCUGAAUCUGACCCCUAUGUCACCCCAGGAAGUGUGCUGGGGGGUACAGCCACAUCUCCCAUUGUAGAUACUGACCACCAACUGCUGCGGGAUAACACCACAGGGUCUAAUUCUUCCCUCAACACCUCGCUGCCUUCACCUGGUGCCUGGCCCUACAGUGCCUCUGACAACUCCUUUACCAACGUUCAUAGCACUUCAGCAAAGUUCCCUGAUUAUAAAUCCACGUGGUCCCCAGAUCCCAUAGGACACAACCCCACUCAUCUCUCCAACAAGAUGUGGAAAAACCACAUCUCCAGGAACACUACACCGCUGCCCCGCCCACCUCCCGGCCUGACCAACCCCAAACCGGCAUCUCCCUGGAGCAGCACAGCACCCCGAUCAGUCAGGGGGUGGGGGACACAGGACUCUCGGCUUGCCUCAGCCUCUACCUGGAGCGAUGGUGGCUCAGUUCGCCCUAGUUACUGGCUGGUUCUUCACAAUCUCACUCCACAGAUUGAUGGGUCAACCUUGAGAACGAUUUGCAUGCAGCAUGGUCCACUGCUGACAUUCCAUCUGAAUCUAACCCAGGGCACUGCCCUGAUCCGAUACAGCACCAAACAGGAGGCGGCCAAGGCCCAAACUGCACUGCACAUGUGUGUGUUGGGAAACACUACCAUCCUGGCUGAGUUUGCCACUGAUGAUGAAGUUAGCCGCUUUCUGGCACAAGCUCAGCCACCUACGCCUGCAGCAACCCCAAGUGCACCAGCCACGGGGUGGCAGUCGCUGGAGACGGGCCAGAACCAGUCAGACCCUGUAGGACCUGCGCUGAACCUUUUCGGUGGGUCCACUGGGCUCGGGCAAUGGAGCAGCAGUGCUGGUGGCAGCAGCGGGGCUGAUCUUGCUGGCGCUUCAUUGUGGGGACCCCCAAACUAUUCUUCUAGCUUGUGGGGAGUCCCAACUGUGGAAGAUCCCCAUAGGAUGGGCAGCCCUGCUCCUUUACUACCUGGUGACCUUCUGGGAGGAGGGUCGGAUUCAAUCUGAACUUAGAACUUUCAACUCUGACCUCGUGACCUUUUUUGGAACAGCAGCAGCACUAACUUGACCUUUUCGUUUUUUUUUUCAACUUGCAAUAAAUACAUUUUUAAAAGGAAAAAAGAAAACGGAGAGAGAAAAAAAAAAAAAAAGGUGGGUCAUUGACAGACUGUCUGAGCACAUAGUUGCCUCCCUUAUAACUUCAGUUUUUUCGUUUGGAAUAUGAAUCCAAAAAGAGAACAUAUCACUCUUGAAAUACUUGAAUCAUGAACGCCAACCUAGAAAGACAAUGUGAAGCAAGUACACAUACCAUUUAAAUUUAAACACAAAAAAAUUAAAAAAAUUAGUUUCUAGUUUUUCACUUUUUUCAUGUUAUAUGGAAGUUGUUGCUAAGAAACAUAUAUACUGAAAAAAAAAUAGCUUUUUAACUUUGUUUGCACUGGGUGUGUUUCCGUCCUUAGGUCUACCAUGUUUGGGA